AUGGGCAUUUUAGGAACUUGUCUCAUUGUGCUAAGUUGUUUUAGCUUCGCAUACGGAGAUGCAUCCUACCAAGAAACCUUGAAUUUGAGGCCAUUGCCGAGAAACAAAUUACUUUCUACUUUUGAUUUCAAAAUAGAUUCGUUGCCAUUUGAUCCCUCCUACCAGGGUACGCCCGACGGCCCUCAAAAGAAUUUAAAUCACUAUACCUUAUUCCCAAGCUCACUCGGUCCAAUAAUAGAAUCAACAAAUACUAGAGAAUUGUCUCUCAGGUUUACGCAAGGUUGGUGGGAUGCUCAAUCGUGGGGCAAACUACCCUACGAUGGUUCAUUCAGUGGUGGAACUGGUGUUGAAGUUUUGGCAUUGAUUGAAGCACCAAGCAUAGAUGUUGCGCGGAAACACUGGUCGAGGUUGACAAAAAAUCUAUCGGGAUUUUUCUGUGCAUCUUUGAAUUUCAUUGACAAAGAUAUCACCACUUUUCCCAAGUACGCCAUCCAGGAUUCAAACAUUGGCAAUUACAAGCCUGAAGCAGGCAACAAACUUUAUUUGCUCCGUGCGGCAUUACCUAGUGAGCCCGUUUGUACUGAGAAUUUGACACCUUUUUUGAAAUUAUUGCCUACUGGAGGCAAAGCUGGGAUAUCAUCACUUCUAGAUGGUCAUAAAGUUUUUGAUUCGUUAUGGCACGGAAUGUCAGUGGAUAUCGUUUCCGAAUGCACUGGGGAAGGCCUUUGCAAAUUGAACUUGUACCAAACAGUGAGUCAAGUGAUCGAUAUUGUCAGAUCCUUGCGUAAAAAGGAAGAAGGUGGGAUUCCAAAGCCCACUCCAGGUGAAAAAUUGCGAUGUGAUACUUCCAAGGAUUAUAAUAUAUGGCAAUGCUUUCCAUUGAGUGAUCCAACCGAAUUGCAAUGGAGCUUGCAAACGUUGUAUGGUCGAACUAUCAAAGGACCAGCAUUCGAAGGUGAUCAGGAAGUCAGCAAGGUUAUAAUCGACCAUGAUCCAUCCGUAUGGAAUGUCACUUUGCAAAAGGAAAGUCCGACUUUUGUGGCGACAAGAUCUUUCGAUACUCAUGGCUCAAACACCAUAGUGGAGUCAAUAACAGAGCCAUACGAUUAUGAUUUUAAAUUUUCGACAUCCAACUCCAGCAAGGUUGUACCCAUUGAAGCCCCUCCGUUGUAUGUCUCACGUUCAUUAACGGGAUACUCUUUAGAUAAAGGAGGUUUACGUGUUGUUUUCACCAAUCCUGGGACCGAAGAUGUCACAUUCACCUACUUUGAGUCAUUACCUUGGUUUAUGAGGUUAUAUUUGAGUACAUUGGACAUCACUUUGAAGAAUUCGACUGGGACCUUCCAUAUCAAAGAUCAUUCACAGUUUAUAAGGAGUAGGUGCUAUAAACCUGCUGUGGAUCGUGAGAGACCAUCCCAUUUAGAGUUUGUCUUUAGCGUUCCUGCGUUGCUGACUUUGGCAUUAACGUAUGAUUUUGAUAAAUCGUUGCUACUAUAUCGAGAGUACCCGCCAGAUGCCAAUCACGGAUUUGAUGUUGAGCCAGCUGUGAUCAGGGUCAAGAAUGAGAACAAUGGUGGUGUUUAUGAAUUUCGAACAACUAGUUUAUUAUUGACAUUACCGACUCCGGAUUUUUCAAUGCCCUAUAAUGUGAUUAUAUUGACAUGUACGGUCUUGUCGUUGGCGUUUGGCACCAUGUUUAAUUUAUUAACAAAAAAAACGGUUACAGAGGAGGAAUUUGAGCUUGCUUCACAGCAAACUAAUUUAGCCAAACUCAAGCGAGCCAUUUCCUCAAGGGUCAACAUGCUCAAAACUAAAGUAGAAUAG